AUUCGGCUAUCUUGUAGAUGAUAAAGGUGACGGCAGUGCACGGAGAUAGCUAUUUAACCACACGGAAUGAAUUUAUACCUUAUCUCUUAAUCAGUCACCCUCCUACAUCCUCCAACUCGGACACCCUGAUCUCACCCUUAGACAUAUCGGGAUAGACCAGAGGAUAGACCAGAGGAUAGCUACCCAGUCAUGGCUCCCGCCGUAGAUAUUGAGACACCGGUUGAUGUGAUUCAGGGCCUAAAGGCCAAGGCUAAGCAAGUUGAUCACUCGAUAUUUCCAGAUGGAUUAAAGACAACAGGUCAACAUCCACCACUGUAUGAUAAGCUCUACCCCUACAGCUCUUUUCCUAAGCACAUCGAGGGACCCACGGAAUGGAAGGCAGAGGACUAUGCCAGCAACCCGGAGAGAUGGGUUCACCAGUUCUCCGAAGACGAACUCGAUGAGAUAUCCAAGGCGGCAGAUGGCUUUAUCGAAUUAGGUCUACCCUUAACUGGAAUCUCGAAAGAAAACUUCCGUCUUCCAGGUUUAGAGCCAUCGUUAAAAACCAUGCGUCGAGAGCUCCUAAACGGAAAGGGAUUCAUCCUAUACAAAGGCUUCCCCGUCGACGAAUGGGGCACUCCCAAAUCAGCGGUCGCCUACAUGGGCCUGGGCGUCUACAUCGGCUACCCGGUAUCGCAAAACGGCCACGGCCACAUCCUAGGCCACGUCAAGGACCUCGGCGAGGACAGCACGCAGAUCGACAAAGUGCGAAUAUACCGGACCAACGCGCGGCAGUUCUUCCACGCCGACGAUUGUGACAUCGUAGGCCUAUUAUGCCUCUCGAAAGCCGAGUUUGGCGGCGAGUCGGACGUAGCGUCCAUCCACAACGUCUGGAACAUCCUGCAGGCAGAGCGUCCAGAUGUCGCCGAGCUGCUCACGCAACCGGUCUGGUACUUUGACCGCAAGGGCGAGGUCUCGGAGGGCGAGGAGCCGUACAUCCGGACAUCCGUGUUCUACCUGGAGACGUCGGACCCGGCCCACCCCGAGCGCGAGCAGCGCGUCUACUGCAAGUGGGAUCCGUACUACGUGCGCAGCCUAACGCGGUUCUCGGACCAGGGCAUCAUCCCGCCGCUGUCGCCCGAGCAGCAGGAAGCCACGCGGAUUCUCGAAGAGACGUGCGAGAGGGUGAAGCUGCACAUGAUACUGGACGUGGGCGACAUCCAGUUCGUGGCCAACUCGCACACGCUGCACGCCAGGACGGCGUACCGCGACUUUGGGCCCGACAGCGGCAAGCCGAGGCGGCAUCUGCUGAGGUUGUGGUUGGCGGUGCCGCAGGACGAGGGGGGAUGGAGGUUGCCGUUUUGGGACUCGGAUGAGAAGAAACGUGGCGGCAUUCAGGUUAACGAUAACGCUCCGGUUGCGAGGCUGGAUGCUGAUUGAGAGGUUGAUGUGUAGAAUAUGAUGUACCUACCUACUACCUAGAUCCAGCUUGAAGCAACGUAUAGCAUAAUGACGAUAUGAUAUUGAAGACCAUACAGGGAUUAGCUGGGCUAGUUUGGUUUCAAUAACAUAGGUAGGUACUGUAGGUACUUGACACUAUCGUUUAAACAUGGACAGCAAACUUGUACUCCUGGAUCUAUGAGUUCAAGUGCCGUGAUUGCGAGAACCGAACUACUACCCCAAGGCUCCCAUGGCGAUCCGGA